GGCGGCACUCUGCAUAUGAAGCAAGCAACUACGGAUUUUGAGUCAAAUGGAUAUUCUUUCACGAAAAUUCAUUGGAAGAGACCGUUUGUAAAUGGUAAAUAAUUUGUUUAUGUUAACAUCUAAAAUAUGAUAGUCUCGGCAAGACUGAGGAUAUAUGCAGAUAUGCGCGGCAACAUGCUCAGCCAAUCAUGGAAGUCAAUCGUGUGAGAAUCCAUGCUGGAAGCCGUUCAAUAUCAGUCAAACGAGGAAAAUUGGCUCAAAGACCAUCGUCAUUCUGCCUGUUGGGCACGAGCUCACAUAAUCUCUACAUUCCUCUCUGAAAGCUACUGAUUACUCUCGAGACCCAGCGAACGCGCGUUGUCAACCUUUACGUGAUAAAAUGAAUCGACCUACUGAACAUCGACUUCGACCUUUUGGAAGAGAGUCUAGGUUUGAGUCAUUGUACGAUGAAUACCGUCGAGCCACCAACCCUUACUUCGUAUAUGAUUCAGAGCCAUUCAGGAGAGCCGCUCGUGAAAGAUACGGACCCGAAUUUCGACUGAGCAGAAGUUUUGAUAGAACGGCCAAAAGUGGAGGGCGGAUAUUAAGUCCAGAGGGCACAGAAUCUAUGUUUGACUCAAGCAGCGACUAUGAAGACGCGAGACACAAGGAUACUUUGCCCUUUGGAAAAGCCAUGAAGAAAUUACGUACUGUAACAAAGGAGGCGGGAGUCAUUUACUCGGGAGUUCUUAAAGAGUAUGAGACCGACGUUCAGAGUGUCAAGACUUAUACACCAGAAAGAAUCCUGAGGCAACUGUGGGCUUUGAAAUUGGACAGUGUAUCGAAAAUUACAGAGCAAGUAGAAGAUUUAAAUCAACAUGCAGGAUAUGACAACCCGGAUCAAGAUGUCAACAAGAAAGUAAAUGAUUCGGAAGAUACACUUUAUGAGCAGCUCAACCACCAAAUCGCACAAGUCAUGGAGGCCUUAAAGCAGGCACGUAUGUCAACUGUCGGGGAGAAAUCGAGCGCGACUGUGUUCAAAGCAUCAGAAAGAUUGAAGGAAAAGAUCGAUACCACGGGUCGGCAGAUUCUGGAAUUGUUCCAUAGAGCUAGAGAUGGAAGUCAAGACUGCGAAGCCCUUUUGGACGAAUUGAAUGGGCUGUACACUUUGCUAGAGGGCAAUAAAAAAUUGUAUGCGACUGAGAAGGAGGGAGAAAACGUAGAGAGCUCGGUCCUGUCAUAGAUCGCUGUAAUAGGAAUAUCGGUUGGCUUUGGCGGAUGGCGAACUCGCGGAGGUGGUAUUCAUUGAUUUCGAGAGGUGUUGAUCGAUUCUCGUUUCGAUGUAAAUAUUGAAUAUCAAAACA